CAGUUCUCACUAAUAAAAAACAUUGCAUUUCACACUCUCACAGUCUCUCACUCUCACUCUCUCCGUCCCCAAUAACAAUAAAUCCCUCUUUCUCUUUUUGUCCUCUGCAAAAUUUAACAUCUUUAAUGGAAGAUGAAGACCCAUCAACAGAACGUAGGGGUUUAGGGUUAGAUCCAACCCCUCUUCUUCAUCAACUUAUUAGGAGCAGUAGAAGAACUAAUAAUCCAACAACACCAUCAACACCAUCUUACAACAGGAGUAGGUUUUCUCUUUUAUUCAGUAGAGCUACAAACCGUAGUAGGAUCAUUUCAGAGCCAUCUUCAAUGUUCAGAAGAGAUUCUACUAGUUCCGUUGGUUUAGAUGGCCAACAAAAUGAUAAUUGGGGAUACUCAAAACCUGUUGUGAUUCUUGAUGUAAUUUGGAAUUUAGCUUUUGUUCUAGUUUCUAGUGUUGUUCUUUCAUCAACCAUUAGCGAAAAUCCUUCAACUCCGCUUAGGGUUUGGAUAGUUGGGUAUGCUAUUCAAUGUUUGUUUCAUGUGGGUUUUGUUUAUUUUGAGUAUCAGAGAAGGAUUUCCAUUGUUAUUGGUGGUGAUGAUGGGGAAAACCAAGGGAAUCAGCUCUUUUUAUCUUCGGAAAAUCGCAGUCGCAGGUAUAAAUGGAUGGAAUCGAUGAAUACGCUGGUUUCAUUCUUUUGGUGGGUCAUCGGGUUUUAUUGGAUCGUUGCUGGUGGUCAGGCACUUCUUCUAGAUGCACCGCGUCUCUACUGGUUAGCAGUGGUGUUUCUAGCCUUUGACGUGUUCUUUGCAAUAUUUUGUAUUGCCUUGGCAUGCAUAAUCGGUGUUGCUCUGUGUUGUUGCUUGCCAUGUAUCGUGGCAAUUCUAUACACUGUUGCAGUUCAGGAAGGCGCGUCAGAGGAUGAUAUCAAUGUUCUUCCCAAGCAUAAAUUUCGUCAGAUGAACCAACAUGAGAAAUCUAAUGCAGAUAAUAGGCAAGAAGUAGUUCCAGUUGCAGUAAUGGAACAGAGCACUUGUAACAUUACAAGUGAACUAGCUCUUCCGCCAGAGGAUUCUGAAUGUUGUAUUUGCCUCUCUCAGUAUGUGGAUGGCGUGGAGCUCCACAGCCUUCCAUGCAAUCAUCACUUCCACUCUGGAUGCAUUGUUAAGUGGCUCCGUAUAAAUGCAACAUGCCCUCUCUGCAAAUUUAAUAUACUCCACGGUGAUGAGCUAGUCUAAUUACACCGAACUUUAUGAGUCGGGCAGAGAAUGCACGUCUGGAUGAGUGGCUGUAUUCUUCUUUCUAGCAGAGAUUGUCAUUAUGCUGUGAAUCCUGACAACUAUGUUGGCAAGCUUCUACCUGUUAAGCCUUGUAAAUCUUUUUGUGGCUGGCUCCAUUUUAUGUUCUUAGAUUUAUACAAUAGCGACUAGCAUACACCGAUUUGUCUAACUUUGCGUAUCUACUGUGGAAAACUUCCAUGAAGUGGCUUCAGACAGUAAGUUAAGAACUUAACACUAGUCUUAAAAUGGAAGUUUGAAAUCCCAUCACAGACAAAAAUAAAAUAAUAAUAAUAAAAAAUUUGUACUAUUUUAAGGCC